GGGGGGUCUGGGUGUGUAGGACAGAGGCGACAUGGCAGACACAUACAACGGGCGACUCAAACCAGGAGCUUACAAGGGCGUGCUGGGCGCGAGUGAGUCGCACGACACGCUGUCGGCCACCAAGGCCAAAGUCGAUGAGUUGGCGGCGCUGGUGGCCGGCGCUCGGCAUGUGGUCGUUCAUACUGGUGCGGGCAUCUCGGUCGGGGCUGGCAUCGCAGACUUUCGAUCAGCGACGGGCGUGUGGACGGCAGAGGCGGUGGCGGCUGGGGAGCUGGAUGUGGAAGAUAUGGGCAAAGUGAGCUCGGCAUCAAGACCGCCGUCUGAGGCCAUGGACGCUGUCGCUGCUCACGGCUUUCGAGCCGCCCGCCCGACGUAUGUCCAUCGGGCGCUUUCCUUUCUUGUCGCGCGAGGCAUCGUUGCCUUUAUCGUCUCGCAGAACGUAGACGGCUUGCAUCUGCGGGCAGGUACGCCGGCAAGCAAAAUUGCUGAGCUCCAUGGGAACGUCUUUAAGGAGUGGUGCGCCAAGUGCGGUGCCGGGUACGUGGGCAAGGUCGAGCUCAAGUCGGUCGGUUUCAAGCCGACAGGUCGAGUCUGUCUCCGCUGUAGGGGGCCGAUGCUCGAUUGCAUACUCGACUGGGAUGAUGCGCUGCCGGCAAACGCGCUAGACGCGGCCAUUGCCCACUCGCGGGCGGCGGACCUCUCGAUUGUCCUGGGUUCGUCGCUCCAGAUCGCCCCGGCCCGCGGACUGCCGGUCCGGACAACACGUAAGAAUGGCAAGGCUGCUCCAGGUGCGCUCGCUGUUGUCAACCUUCAGCCAACUUGUGUCGACCGCCAUGCUGCUGUUCGCAUCGGGUACGAUGUCCAGGGUGUCAUGGCUAUGCUGAUGGAGCGAUUGGGGCUGGGCGAGGCGCUGGGCACAUGGGAGGCACCGCCGCCUGUACUCGGCUGGAUCGACGCACCUGAGGCAAAGGCCGUCGACUGA